UCGAUGGUUUUGCAAACUAUACGCGUCUAUAUUUUUACGGUGGUGUACAAAAAGAUUAGUGUUCUUUAAUUUAAAAUGAAGUUUUUUGAAUUAUGUGUAGUGCUGCUACUUUGUGUAGUUCUGACAGCAAAUCCUUACACAUCAUUUGAGAUCAAUGAAGACCAAGAAAUCAAUGCUAUUAAUGCUGCUUUACCAGCUAUUUCUGGUCUUAUUGGCAUGUGUGUAACAACAGCUCCACUGGGACCUAUUCUCGUUGCCUCAUUGGGUUUAAUGCAUGUUGCUUCCAUGAUAAUGACUGGUGGUGGAGAUGAUGACGAAAGCAGUAAUGCCCUUACGAAUAUCGACCUCAUCAAGUCACAAUCGGUGAUUUUGAAUGCUAUUGAUAGGCUUGGUGGAAAGAUGAUGGAUCAAUCAGAGAAAUUGUUGCGUGAAUUAAAACAUGUGAUACAAAAGACACAAAUGAUGGAAAGUAUGCGUUUGGACUUGGGAUCUAUGGAACGAGCACAUGUUGAUAAAAUGAAAGCUCUUAUGGAUCCCAAAAAGACUGGAGUACAAAAGAAUGCAACUAUUGCCGGUUUAUUGGACAACGAUAGUAACUUUAUGGAAAGAUUGAGGGCUUUCAUUGACAGGUACAUUAAACCGAGGGUUAUUUUGGCUUCAGCUGAUGAAAUUAAGUUGUUCUACGAACUCACAUUGGAGAAUGAUCGUUUAUUGGCUUUGGAAAACAAAGAUAAUUACCAAGACUCAACAAGCAACCGAAUUUUCAAGUCCUACAUGUAUAUCUGCAAGACUCUUACAGAAGCUUAUGUCUUACCCAUAGUGGCUCAUGCGUUACAAUACCAGUCCGAAAUGAAGAGAGGUCUUAUUUCAGAUGCUCAAUCUACCAAGAGCAAUGCAGAUGAUCUUAUUGAAUAUUAUAAAAACGACAUGAAAGCUUUGGCUGAAAAAACAAAAUGGGCUCUAAAUAAUGCAUCUAGGGAAAUCCGCAACGCCCCAGUUUUCAAAUUGAAAAAAGGUGUGACUUUUGAACGUUUAUCAUUUGCUUCAACGUUCCCAAGGAUUUUUUAUUCUAAUGGCUAUGGAUGCAGUGAAGAAAAGAGCGUGCUCAAUAUUAAAGACUAUCAAGUUGGAAACUGCAAUUCUUAUGGGGAUAUUAUUCCACCAAAAUCACAAGUGUCUGUUUAUUACAAUCCCGAUGAUCUUGAGAGGCCUUACCAGUACAUGACAGUAAAAACUCCUAAGGGAGAAGAAGAAACGUUUGGACAUGAGAGUUCAGACUCCAGCUUAAAUGAACAUGAAUUUACAGUUCAAGAUCAAUGUCCCUUCAGUCUGUGUCCUAUUUAUAAGAAAAAUGCAGUGGCAAUUUCAACACAACGCGUUAGUGCUGAACCCGGAAAUGUCAUCACUGGAGCCCGUUUUAGAUUAGAAGACGGAGUAAUUUACAUUGAUAUUCAGCAAGGAAAAUUCGAAGACAUUCUUUCAGUGGAACCCAAUGUCCAUUGGAAAGAAACACCAGCAGGUGGACCAGUUCAAUAUCUGAGCUCAACUGCCAACAGGCUUGAAUUAGGUGACUUCGAAGUCGAUGACAAAAGCUAUCUUACAUCGAUUCAAAUUGUUCCAGGACGUGGUCGCUAUGGUUCAACGCAUUUCGAAAUUAAAGUAGGAGGAGCAAGUGGUCCGCAAUGGUUGAACUUUGGUGUUCAAGGCAGUGGAAAGUCUUUUGUUGAAACAAAUGAACUUCGUGUUCCUGAAGCCGAUGAUGCGGAGAAAGCAGUUAUUGAUACGAAAAAUUUGAUAUCACAACCUCCAAAAGAAGGUGAACGUUACUUCAUAACCCUUCAACCAUCUGACAUCAAGAAGGAUCUUGGUCGGUCAAGUUAUCCUCUUAUUGAUAUUCGACCAGUGGUUUCAAAUCCACCAGCACCAAUGAGAGGUUUUGGAAUUUAUCACACUAACGUUGGAUUAUUGUCAUUGAAAAUGAUCACACCCAAGUUGGAUCAUUUGGCCGAUUAUAAAUUGAACGAAGCUCUUUUAGAAACAAAAGCUUAAGAUGAGGCGAUAAAUUAAAACUUAAUCAAAAAAAUUAGAGUUCAUAUUAUUGAAGUAAUAAAAUGUUUGGUUUUCUUUAAUAAAAUGGUUUUCUCACACAGUUAGCCAGAACACUUUAAAGUUAACUUGAAUAAGACUCUUUGAUUCAA